GGUCCGUCCCAAAAGUAUCGAACAUUUUUCAGGAAAAAUACUUUUAUUGAACUUAUCGGUACCAUACAUUAGUACUCUUCAAAAUAACACCCUUCAGCAUCGAUGCACUUUUGUAGGCGAGUUUUCCAUGCCCGGAAGGCCCCCUGGAAGACGUCAACGGGUAGGUCCUUCAGCGCCCUCGUCGUAGCUUCUUGGAUGUCCUUAAUUGUGCCCCAAUGCUUGCCUUUGAGCUUCGACUUGAUGCUGGGAAACAAGAAGAAGUCUGCCGGGGCGACGUCAGGAUUGUAGGGAGGCUGCGGGACCAGCGGGACUCCUGCUUUGGCCAGAUAGUUGCUAACAAUGAAGGCUGUGUGCGCUGGCGCAUUGUCGACGUCGGAACAAGACGAAGUUUAUAGUAAAGUAAAAGCGAUAUUGUCGUCAGAAAAUGUGCUCACGCACUACGACCCAGAUGCAAAAUUAAUUUUAACAGUCGAUGCGUCACCAACAGGGCUAGGGGCCGUAUUGUCGCAAAUAGGUAAAGACGGUCACGAGAGGCCCGUUUGUUAUGCGUCUCGGACACUUAAUUCUGCGGAAAAAAAUUAUUCUCAGAUACAGAGGGAGGCAACAGCGAUAAUAUUCGGCGUUCGUCGUUUCCAUCAAUACCUUUACGGCCGUGCUUCGCCCUUUGUAUUACGAACAGACCACAAACCGCUACUAACCAUAUUCGGACCCCACCGCGGUAUCCCUGAAGUGUCAGCAAAUAGACUCCAGCGCUAUGCGAUAUUCCUAGCGGCGUACAAUUAUACAAUAGAAUAUAUACGUAGUAGCGACAACAGUGCCGAUUUCUUAUCACGGUUAUCAAUAGGGCCGACGGAUGGGCGGGUCGUAAGGGAAGGCUGUGCGCUGUUACAGAGCGAGAAGUGCGGCGAGAGCGAGACCGCUGCAUACGUUAACUUUGUUGUCGAGGGCAACCUGCCGGUGACGUUACACGCGCUGCAGCAGGAAACCGACCGCGAUCUGUUAUUAAGCAAAGUAAAAGGUUACGUAAUGCAUGGUUGGCCUCGGAAAGUGACAGAUUCGAAUUUAAAACCUUUUCACAACUGUCGUUUCCAACUUUCAAUUGAAAAUGGGGUUUUAAUGCGUGGCCACAAGGUAAUCAUACCACAGUCCUUCAGAGAAACAAUUUGUAACGAAUUGCAUAGUUCUCAUUUUGGUAUAAUUCAAAUGAAGGCUGAAGCGCGGAAGAGACUAUGGUUUCCUGGUAUUGAUGCAACUCUGGAGCGAUUGGCGGCCGCGUGCUCCGUGUGUACUGCACUGCGGCCCGCGCCGCCGCACGCGCCGCUCGCUUCGUGGCCACACCCCCCAAGUCCGUUCUAUGAACCCUAUGGUUCAUAUGGAUUUUUUAGGCCCGCUAAAUAACCAAAUGUUUU